UUCCACUUUGUGGAAUUUCACAUCAGUACGCUUAGAGGCCUUUUCAAGUAACGCUUCAUAUAUAUGACUUUCUUUGGUGUGUAGGCUUUCAAAUCUAUUACGAAUACAAAUGAACUUAAAAAAAUAAUAUAAGAUUUUUAUUCAAGAAUUUAAAAUAAAGUCUUUUUUACAAAAAUGACAAUUGUUUUUUCUUUGUUAUUAUUGUAUAUCCGACAAUGAAAAAGCUUAACUCCUUCGAAGGGCGGAUGAGAUCUUAUACAAUUUUCUCAUUUGUAAACGAAAGACAGAAGGAAAUCAGUGAUGCGUGAAAUAAGAUCGUAUGUGAAAGUGUAAAAUUUUCGUAUUAAGUGUUAGAUUUUUCCAAAGCAAAAAUGAAAUCUUGUUUUAAACAUAAUUUUUAAGAAGAUUACUUACUUUAUUAUCUAAGUAAAUAAAAAAAUUACUCAAAUGACAUUAUGUAUGAUAAAAAUAGAAUUCUAUUAAUAUGAUGAUAUCUUGUUGACUAUGAAAUGGUUUACAUUUUUAAAAUUAUAUGCUGUGAAUUACACAUUCAAGGUGAAGUAGAUGAGAUUAUCUACUGUGGGAGACACUUUGGAGGUUUUAAUUAUUUAGUUGAUGAGUGAUGAGGAAUUGUACAAAGGUAUCUUUAGAUCAAGAUUUUCAUAAACAUCACGAUUAUUAUGAAAGAAUAGAAUGAGUAUGAAGCAGAUUUGGUGGUUAGAAAGAAGAAAUUUAAAAAAAUGAAGAGCGUCCUGUUGACUUUAAGUAUACUUUUUGCAAGAUUUGCUCGAUGCUGGAGCAACAACGGCGACUUGCAGAGAGAGCAGAAACUUGACUUUUCAAGUCAAAAUCCAUAUUUUGAUAUAUCUGCUUCUCAAAAUGUAACGGCAUUAGUUGGCAAAACUACUCAAUUGAACUGUCGUGUUCGUAAUUUAGAAGACCGUACAGUUUCAUGGAUAAGGCACAGAGAUAUACAUCUGCUGACAGUAGGAAUCGAUACCUAUACGUCAGAUCAGAGAUUCGUGGCUUCAAAUUACCCUCGAACAGAAGAUUGGACCCUUCAAAUUAAAUAUCCUCAACCUCGAGAUUCCGGAACUUACGAAUGUCAGGUUUCUACAACACCACCUAUAGGACACUCAAUGCAUCUGGCGGUUGUCGAACCGAUUACUACAAUCGUAGGAAGCCCAGAAAUGUACAUAAAUAAAGGUAGCACCAUGAAUCUAACUUGCGUAGUCAGGCAUAGUCCAGAACCACCCUCUUCUAUUUUCUGGACACACAAUCACGAGGAGAUCAAUUACGAUAGUCCAAGGGGUGGUGUGUCGGUAAUCACGGAAAAGGGUGAAAUUACCACCUCAUACCUUCUAAUUCAACGAGCACAAUCAACGGACAGUGGUGAAUAUACCUGUCAUCCUAGCAACGCCAACAGACAAACGAUUUCUGUUCAUGUUCUGAAUGGGGAGCACCCAGCAGCAAUGCAGCAUGGAGGUCAACUUAAGUUGGGGAAUCGUCCCUUUGUGAUGUUCCUCGCAUCAUUACUGGCCUUCUUCAUUUAUGAUCACUGAAUAAACAGACGAAGAUGUGAGAUUUUUGACAGUAUGACAUUUCAUUGAUGUCGAUUAUAAUUGUAUGUAUAAUGUUAUGCAAGCUCAAAUACUUAGACCUUCUUAUAUAACAGACAACACAAUUUCUUCAUGUACAAAAAUAAAAACUCUUCUGAACAGAGAACAAAAAUAAAUAUUACUUGGUCUUAGAUAAAAGAUUCUUAUAGUUGAAUUAAAAAGCUUAUCUUUAUUUUAAUUUACAACCUAAUGUUUCCAUCAUUUUUGCAAUAAUGAUACCAAUAUUGCUUCAAAUUUGUGUGCAGUUGGGGAAUUUUUCAAUUCUUUUCAUUUUCAUGAUAGCACAAAUCAUGUUGCUUAAUCUGCUUUGACACCUCCAUCCUUGUCACAUAUUUUACGAGUGUCGAUAAUUGUGAAUUUUCUACAAACCAGGGAAGAGGAAAACCUCGGAAAACCGAAAAGAAUUUAUUAUUUAAAUUUUAUCUAUAACAAACUUAAAGCAAGAAAAAGCAUACUCAAAAUGGCUAAAAAAUUUUGUAUAUGUUUAUUUAUUAAAGUAUUAAUACAUACAACAAAAUACUCAAAACUAAAAUUACAGAAAUCUUAUUUAUAAUUUAUUAUAAUAUGUAUACCAGUAUAUAGUAUACCUGUGUGGCAGGUUUCUACUAGUUUGUAAAAUCACUAGAUUUUAUCCAGACUGGUUCUUUAUACAUGUAUAUCUAAACCAAUGGAUGAAAUUCUGACGCACAGAUGUACAAUUUUUUUGUAAACCUAUAAAUCACUUUCUCAUUACUAGAGGCAUUCUUUACUUUUUCGUCGUUAUUCAAAAAAUAAUUCUAAAAACUAAAAUUCUGCAAAUUAAUAAACAGAAUAUAAAAAUAAAAAAAGAAACAAUUUUUGAAAAAGACGAUUGUAAACUAAUAGUGAGAAAAACGCACAAUAAUAAGAUAAAAUAAAGUAAAAUACAGUUUGGACGGUAAAAAUUACAACAAAUACUGUUUUACGCUGAUAUCGAAUUGCCUUACAAAAUCUAAAGAUACAAAAGUGUCGUUUACACAAAUGUUUCAAAAAAUAAAUUUAUGGUAGGGCCAAAAUAUUUAUUAUAAUUAAAUCAGUUUUAUUCAAUAUUAUUUUGAAGCAUUUCCAAAUUUUCUUUAGGAAUUUAUAUUAAAAUACAUUUUUGUUUUUUGUUUUAGCCCAUUCUUAUUUUAAAUAUACCUUUCUUAUAUAAUUACAAGUUUGGCAUACCUAUAUGUAUAAGAUAAAUAUCGAUAUCAGCUUUUUAAAGAAUUUAAAUUAAAUAGAUAAAUUUUUAUUAAUUAUACCAGAAGCGACUACUAGUUACACUUAUAUCGAACAAACAUUUUAUUUUGUUCUAAAUUUAAAGAAAGUAACGUCAUCAUUGUUUAAAAUUUUAAUUAAGUCUUCAUUAGGGAUUUUUAAAAAGAUAAGUUACAGUUACAAAAUAUGUCGUACGUAUAUAAAUCACAUAUCCCAUAUUGCACUAUUCAAAUUUGAUAUGAUAUAAAAAUAUUUUUUAAAAACUUGUGUUUUUAUGUAAAUUUAAGUGUCUAAACUAUCACUAAUCUUUUUACUUUUUUGUCUUUUCUUCUUGGCAAAUUAUUUUUAAAUAUAAAACUGUUACAGAUUAAUGCAAAUGUUCUUGUGAUUUAUGAACGUUGGCAACAUUUCUAUUUUGUACUUUUACUAAUAUAACUGACAUGAUUUUAAAAAGUAAAUAAUUUUUUAAUUCUAAACUUUCCACUACUUAAAAAAAUUAAA